AUGAAGAUCUCGAAAGAGGAAAAUAAACCAGAGGACUGGCAUUUCGUUGGUCGUGUGUCUGCUUUCUCAGACAUUGGCCAGGAUGAAAAAAGCUGCCGAGUUUUUGACCAAGUACUUGUGUUCAAAUAUAAGGGAUUUCUGCACGCAAUCGAUAAUGUCUGUCCAAAUACCUUACAAUGUCCCCAUUCUGCAUUCCCGUUAAAACAAGGCAACAUUUUCGAUAUUGAAGAUCUCGGGGCUGGAAUUAGAUGCUUUAGGCAUGGAUGGAGGUUUGACCUCUUCACUGGAAAGGGAGACCGGGGUAGCCACAAACUUAGUUUAUGGGACAUUGAGUUGCGGGAUCCUCCAUCGCUUGAAACCGAUGAGGUCCCUGACAGUACAGACAAGGAGGUGUGGGUCCGAAGACCACCACAGACCUGA